CUUGUGCCAGAAACUGCAAGUGUAUAAGUGCUUGCAGACACAAAGCAGUCCUUUUUUCUUUGGGAUUGUUAAAUGGCUGCUUCUGUAUUGCUCUUCUGUCUUUUCUGCCUGGCAUCAGCAGAGGCUGGGAAGAUUUUAAUAGUUCCUUCAGAUGGCAGCCACUGGAUGGGUAUGAAGCCUUUGGUGGAGGAGCUUGGCCGUAGAGGAAACCAGGUGGUGGUCGUCAUCCCAGAAGCAAGUCUGAGUAUGGGUCCGUCUCAGCACACCACAACUCUGACUUAUCCUGUGCCCUACACCAAAGCUCAGAUACAGGAGCAUAUCAGUGCUAGUGUUGCUAAUUUGAUAAGUACUCAUGUAUCUACAGAUCUUGCCAGGUUUCAGAGUUUCGUUAACACCAUGGAUCUGCUUAGUAAUCUUAUAACACGUAACGUUGAGGGUUUGCUCUUCAACAAGGACUUGAUGAAGAAACUGCAAGACUAUAACUUUGAUGUCAUUCUCACAGAUCCAUUUGAGACCGUCGGAGUCAUUGCUGCAGAAUAUCUCUCAAUUCCAACCAUUUACAUUCAAACAAGUCAUCCUUGUGGGGUUGACGCUCUUGCCAGUCAAUGCCCAGCUCCACCGUCUUAUGUUCCACAACGUUUAACUCACUUUUCUGACCGCAUGAAUCUCUGGCAAAGAAGUGUAAACUUUGUAAGGACUCUUGUUCAGCCCGUGGCCUGCAGACGGAUGUUCGCUCGUGCAGAUGAAAUCGCUUCACGUGUUCUUCAGAGAAAAACAUCUAUAAUGGAGAUCAUGAGCCAUGCAGCUCUCUGGUUUGUGCAUUCUGAUUUUGCUUUGGAAUUCCCUCAUCCAUUAAUGCCCAACAUGAUCAUAGUCGGAGGAUUGGACAACAGGAAAUCAGAACCUUUGUCACAGGUAUGUCUUCAGCUGUUGUUUCGCCAUGGCUAUUGA